AAGCGAUGCUCAGCACAUUUAAUGUUAUUUAGAUUUCUAAGAAGUUUAAUCUUUUUUAGUUUUCUAAUUAGUAUUUAAGGCAUCUUAAUAAGAUUAAACCAGGAACGCUAAGCAUAAUUUUAAUCCUUAAAACGUAAAGAAGCCGCUAGAAGUACUAGAAAUAAGUGAACAUAUUUUUGGCAGACGUGAACGACGGAUAAUUAGGGUCCCGCAUUAGGCACAACGCAUCCCUCAGGCAACCGCUCCCAUCAUCCCUCCCAUCUGCACCGGAAGUGCGAAGGACGCGGCGUUGGUGGUGUGAGUCCGAGGUGGAAAAAAAUGCACCCAUCGAAGAAAAUGAUCCCUGCCGAACUGGACGAUCAUGAGAAGGGCAAGCUGUUUGUCGGCGGGCUGUCCUGGGAGACGACGCACGAGAACCUGCAGCGUUACUUUAGCCGCUACGGCGAGGUCAUCGACUGCGUGGUGAUGAAGAACAACGAGACGGGUCGCUCGCGCGGUUUCGGUUUCGUGACGUUCGCCGACCCGGAGAACGUGGACCGUGCGCUCGAGAACGGGCCGCACACGCUCGACGGUCGCACGAUCGACCCGAAGCCGUGCAAUCCGCGCUCGCAGCACAAACCGAAGCGCACCGGCGGCUACCCGAAGGUGUUCCUGGGCGGUCUGCCACCGAACAUCACCGAGACCGACCUGCGCACCUUCUUCUGUCGCUACGGCAACGUCAUGGAGGUGGUGAUCAUGUACGAUCAGGAGAAGAAGAAGUCGCGCGGUUUCGGCUUUCUGUCGUUCGAGAACGAGGGCGCGGUGGAGCGGGCAACUAGCGACCACUUCGUCCACAUCAGCGGCAAGCAGGUGGAGGUGAAAAAGGCCGAGCCUCGCGAUGGAAACCAGAACAGUAAUAACAGCAUGAGCACGGACUCGUACCAGUGGGGCUCGCCGCAGGCGCCUCCGAUGGGCAAUGGCCAGAUGGGCGGCCCUCCGAUGAACAUGCAGUCGAACAUGAUCCAGGGCUACCAGAGCUGGGGCGCAUCGCAGCCGCAGCAGGGCUACGGUGGCUACGGAGCGGGUGCAGCCGGUGCCGCCAAUGCCUAUCAGGGCUGGGGCGCUCCGCCGCCACCGCAGCAGUGGGGCAACUACAACACGACGCCCCAGCAAACGCAGGGCUACGGUGGGUACGACGUGUACAACAACUCGGGCGCCGGUGGUGCCGGUGGGUACGGAUCGGGCAACUGGAACUCGUGGAACAUGCCACCGAAUACGGCGGGUUCGGCUGCCGGCUCGACCGCGGACAUGUACACGCGUCCGCAAUCGGGCCCCACCGGUGGACCGGGUGCAUCCGCUGGUCCCACGAGUGGAGGACCUUCGAAACCGGGCUCGGAGUACGGCGGUGUAUCAGCCUACGGUGGCGGUGCUUCGGCCGCGGCAGCGGCUGCGGCGGCCGCAACCGGCUACAACUACUACCAGAACGAUCAAAACACGUACAACAACCGGCCGCGCUCGGUGUACGGUGCCGGUAGUGAUGCCACCACUCAGCCUCCCUACCAGGCCUUCUAAGCGUCCAACGGAGGGAAGGGGAGAGGCACCAGUUGGUGGUGUUGGUGGUGAUGGUGGUGAUGGUAGCGGCCCAGAAGUAGCAGAAGAAGCAAAAGAAAGAAGCAGGAGAGACAGAAUUGCAAAAUUUAUAAUUUUUGAUUUAAUUCAGCUGGUUAAGAUAUUCCGAGAUUCCACCGGAGAGAAAAAGGACGGGCCAACCUUUUGGGUUGGCGGGCAAGGAGCGGAAGGAAAUGAAUGGAAUGGCGCGGUGGAAUUUCGGCUCAUAUAUAUAUACUUUUUUAUGUUCAAAUGUAUACUCAAAAAGCUCAUACAGUACAGUAACUUACGGCUACAUCUUUGCAUUCAUAUAACAAAGAAACAAACGCAACGUACGCGCACCACUCCCCUUUGGAACGGAUCGGUUUUAUUUUAUCAAGCAACGCGGGCGGAGGUUUAGAUACAACCUUUAAAAAAAAGGGAAAAACCUAUAUAUAAAUAUAUACUAAUGAUACACAGCAUAUAAACAAACAAACAAAUGGGGGCGAGCAUUGUGAGAUAAAUGAUUCAAAUAGCGAGAGAAGAAAACGGAUGCUUGACGAGCAGAUGAGAUAAGAAAAUAACUAUAACUCUACAGUAGCGGAAAAGGAAAAAGCAUCAGUAAUAAGAAACAAAACGAAACAAACCUAGCGUAAAAGCAGACACAAAACCAACAAGAAACACACAGACACACACAAGAGUAUGAUAAUUUACAAAUUAAUGCAAGUAUGAAGAUUAACGGAUGUAAAACCGAUGUGUAGCGAGAUGGGCUAAAACAUGCAAGUUACUAAACAGAAAAAGAUAAAACGAGUAAAAGCAUCAGGAUAAUUGGCAAGACAAGAACAAGAGAAAGGAGAAGUAAAGCAAACCGGAAACUCACACGGCAAGACUCUUUUAGGGGGCGAAUAGUAGUAGGUUUACAACGUUGCGAUGGAGACGGAUGGAUUUUGUACCCAAAAGAUUCCGUUCCGAGGUAGAAACAAUCACAGUAGUGUGUGUACUGUAUUGGAUUGUCUUUCGUUUCUUUUUUUAGUGUUGGAGGAAAAUUGUUCAAAACGUGAUAGCACGCUCCUAGUAGAAUCCCCGCCAAUAUUCUUCGCGUAUAAGGAUACGUAGGAUUUUUGUAUCUUCUAACUACUUUGGCAAGCUCCAGGACGAACGUCGACCGUUGAGAAACACAGUGUACAGUUGAUAAUUUUGUUUGCCUAUAUUGGAUUAAUGAGAGUCUCGCUCUUUGGAGCGAAUCGACAAAGAAAAAUUCGGAUUUUCGCUUGUACCGUUCAUUAGUAGCAGAAUUCAUAAUACAUAUAGAACUUAAAACGUGAGGAACGAACAGGAAAAAAACAGGUUGUUUUAAAUCAUUGAAAAGCUUCUAGUAAGACAGAAACUAGGCGAAGGAGAGAAAAGAGCGAUUAGAGCAAAUGUGGGAGAUUUGUUUCUUGUUUCUUUACACAUAAAACAAUCGAUCGAA